ACGAUCUAAACUAGCUGUAAAUAAACACGCACAGAUAAUGUUUCGGAAUUUUUACGCAGAACAGAAUAUGGCAGACCCUAGAGACAGUUGGUAUAAGCCAAACCUACUGUACAAUAUUCAUUACAGACCACCUAACCCAUCAACACCGCCAAAAAUGAUUGUACUUACAAGGGAGUUCAACCCAAGUGUAUGUACUUGCGGUGAACACGGGUGUGCCCCACAUUACAGAAUGGAGAGGGAAGUUGUUUGGUCAAGUAAGAAGGUCAGAAACGAGGCAGAUAGGGAGCUAAAGGAAGAUAUUCAAGCUGAGAGAAGUGCCAAGGCGCAUAGGGAGCUAAAGGAAAGUAUUCAAGCUGAGAGAAGUACCAAGGCGGAAAGGGAGAUUAAGGAAGAUAUUCAAGCUGAGAGAAGUGCCAAGGAGCAUAGGGUGCUAAAGGAAGGUGUUCAAGCUGAGGGAAGUGCCAAGGAGCAUAGGGAGCUAAAGGAAGGUGUUCAAGCUGAGAGAAGUGCCAAGGCGCAUAGGGAGCUAAAGGAAGAUAUUCAAGCUGAGAGAAGUGCCAAGGCGCAUAGGGAGCUAAAGGAAGAUAUUCAAGCUGAGAGAAGUGCCAAGGCGCAUAGGGAGCUAAAGGAAGAUAUUCAAGCUGAGAGAAGUGCCAAGGCGCAUAGGGAGCUAAAGGAAGAUAUUCAAGCUGAGAAAAGUACCAAGGCGAAUAGGGAGAUUAAGGAAGAUAUUCAAGCUGAGAGAAGUGCCAAGGCGCAUAGGGAGUUAAAGGAAGAUAUUCAAGCUGAGAGAAUCGCCAAGGCGCAUAGGGAGUUAAAGGAAGAUAUUCAAGCUGAGGGAAGCCCCAAGGCGCACAGGGAGUUAAAGGAAGAUAUUCAAGCUGAGAGAAGUGCCAAGGCGCACAGGGAGUUAAAGGAAGAUAUUCAAGCUGAGAGAAGUGCCAAGGCGCAUAGUGAGUUAAAGGAAGAUAUUCAAGCUGAGAGAAGCGCCAAGGCGCAUAGGGAGUAAAAGGAAGAUAUUCAAGCUGAGGGAAGUGCCAAGGCGCACAGGGAGCUAAAGGAAGAUAUUCAUGCUGGGAGAAGUGACAAGGCGCAGAUGGAAAUUUCCGUCAACGUAGAUGAUGAUAGUAGUGAAGACGAGAUUGAAGACGACGAUCCCAAAAGUAAAGAUGACGAAGAAUGGAAGAUGAUUAAUGAUACCAGAAGUGGAUGCAGUGACAUAGAUGGUCUUUCCAACAGCUUGCCUAGACCGGAUGACCUUCCACAGCAAGAAAAACCAGUUACUGACGUUGGACUGGAGGAGACAGUUAACGAAGACUUUGGUUCAGCUUUUGGCAUCAUGAGUUUGUACUGUGACAGUGAACUGCAUACAUGGAACUGGAAGAAUGAGUUCCAUUGUCACUGAGCGAAGAGUGCAGUUGUGAAAUAUUACAGAUAAUUAUUUAUUAAAAUAUUUUGUUUAACUUUCUAUGUUAAAAUAGACGACCCAAUUUCUGCGACAGUCUCUUUUCAGUUGACCCAGCCCGAAGAUUUAUAUGUAAUCAACGUACUUAUCUUGAAAGUUUUAGCUCCAUUUAUGUCACGUUUUUCGGAAAGCACUCCCAUCCCCUCCCCGUGGCUCAUCCACACCGUGUUUAGGACCUCCCAGCGUACCUGAACUAUUGGUGACGGUUAAGGCUGCUACCUUAAAUUUUGCAAGUAUUACCAGGAGAUCUGAAUAACACAUGGCGGACAAUUUGUGCAUUAUUCUCGACCAGCGAAUUUGCCUAGAGUCUCUGUAUAUGAGAUGGGCGAAUUUUUGGGGUAAAUGCCGUUUUCAAGGCAGAUAACUCUUUUUCAAUACUGGUGACAUAUGACUUUUAAUGUAUAUCUUUGUUUCUUAGAUGAUUGUCCUUCAAUAUCCAAAGUUUGAAGAAAUUCUAUUGUUGGUAAAAAUUUGGCUCAUCUCCUAUACAGAGACUCUAGCGUACGCCUUAAAGAACAAGUCCAAUUUUUAGUGGCGACCAUAGAAGGAUGGAACAUUGUGUUGUUGAAACGAAGGAAAGAAUAGAGUGACAGUUAAACACAUCUCACAGUAGUUUACAAACUAAAAUUCCUCUAUGUCUUAGAAUGUUAAAGCAUGCUUUUUCUGCAUAAUAGUUUC